UAGGAGCCGGUGUGGGAAAAGGAAACGGAGAGCUCCUUUGCUCCACGUGCAGAGAGCUCGCGGGCAUGGCUGCCGUCGUCGAGGGCUUGCUGGCGCGCGCCGAAGAGCGCGAGGCGGAGACCCAGCGCAGCGUGGCGGUGCAUAAGGAGCUGGAGUUGGACUUCGACGUGGGCAACUUGCUGGCGGUGGACAAAAAUCCGGCUCCGCGCGCCCUUGCGCGAACCUCCUCGGAGCGCGAGGCUCUCCUGCGCGCCUUGGCCCGGGAUAACACUCAGUUGCUGGUGGGCCAGCUGUGGGCGCUGCCGUCGGAGCGGGUGGAAGGGGGCGCGGGGCCCGUGGUGGCCCGUCUGCCUGAAUCCUCGACGCGCUUGCCCAGGGAGAAGCCGCUGCCCAAACCUCGGCCGCUCACCAAGUGGGAGCAGUUCGCGCGCCUCAAAGGUAUCCGCCCGACGCGGAAGAAGCGCGGCACGCUGGUCUGGGACGAGGCCGCCAAAGAGUGGCGGCGGCCCGCCCCUGGACCUGACCCGUGCGGUCAACAAGCAGCUCCGCGAAGAGGAGGCCGACGCCGCCAGAGGCAAGGGCAAGAAGCGCGGGCAGCGGGGCAAGAGGGGUCGACGGCAGCAGCAGAGACCCGGAAGCGCCAGGGGCAAGAGGAGCUCGGGGGCAGGUCGCAGAGGGAACCAGGGGGGGCCUGGAAGCCUCAGCAGCAAAAGGAAAAGAAAAUGAGCCUUCGUUGGAUGGGGUUGCCAUGCUAUCCCAGCUAA